CCAGCAAUCCGCCACUGCCUUCAACCCCAACAAGUCGGUCGCGAUCGGGAGGUAUAAAGUAAUAGCAGGAGAAGGGCGGCUUUCUAUUGCGAGCUGCCUCCGUCCCGUUAGUGUCGAUAUUGCUGGGGCACAAUAUGGUUAGGGUGGCGGUGUCGCCUCAACCGCUCUUGCUGGUUAUGGUGGCUGCAGCAGUCUGUGCAGCAAUCCCUCAAGCUGUGAUGGCCCUGGAUCUCAGCAGGCUCUAUGGACACAUUAGCUCGAAGAGAGGCGAUGCGUGUCACCCGUACGAACCAUUCAAAUGUCCUGGAGACGGAAACUGUAUUUCUAUUCAAUAUUUAUGUGAUGGAGCUCCUGACUGUCCUGACGGAUAUGACGAGGACUCACGAUUAUGCACAGCCGCUAAGAGGCCGCCAGUCGAAGAAACUGGAAGUUUUCUCAAAUCUCUCUUAGCAAGUCAUGGACCAAACUAUUUAGAAAAGUUGUUUGGAAGCAAAGCCAGAGAUGCCCUCAAACCACUUGGAGGAGUCGACAAAGUUGCAAUCGCAUUAUCAGGUAUGGAAAUAACGAAGUUGCAUCUCAA